AUGUCAUCUGAACUUGAAAACCAUGCUGGGUUUGAGGCCACACUUAUUGGCUUCCUCUAUCGACAAUUUACUAAACCAAAACCCCUGCCAGAAGGCACUGAUCUCACAAACCAAGUUGCCAUAAUCACGGGAAGCAAUACGGGGCUAGGAUUUGAAGCAUGUCGACAGUUUCUAAAGCUUGGAUUAUCUCAUCUAAUCAUGGCCGUGCGCUCACAAGCGAGAGGCGACGAGGCCGCUAACCAACUACGAAGUGAGUUUCCGACAUCUAACAUAUCUGUUUGGACCGUUGAAAUGGAAUCGUACGACUCUAUCCGUGCCUUCGCAGACCGGUGCGCAACCCUGCCACGUAUCGACAUAGUUCUCCUAAACGCCGCUCUGAUGAAGAUGGCUCAUACGACAGUACCCACUACUGGCCACGAGCUCACGAUGCAGGUGAAUUACUACUCGACUGUGCUUCUAGCUAUCCUACUCCUCCCCAUACUUAAAUCCAGAAAGGCUAUCGAUGCCCAAAGACCUCCUGUCCUUAGUAUUGUGGGGUCCGACUUGGCGUAUCGGGUGGAUAUCGAGACCAAGGGUCCUAUACUACAGCAGUUGGACAAGUCCGAGGGUUAUGGUCAGAUUCUCUGGUACUCCAGAUCGAAAUUAUUGCUCACAUUCUUCGUUGCCAAACUUGCCGAGUUUGUCGACGCCGAUGAUGUCCUCAUAAACAUGUCGAACCCCGGUACUAUCAAGGGCACGGGAUUUUUCCGCGAAUUCCCCACACUUGCCGGGAAAGUGGUAGCGGUUCUCCAUUUUCUCUUCGCAAGGCGAGUAGAGGUCGGUGCCACUAUGUAUCUUGAUGCGACUAUCGUUCAAGAUAAAGAAGGCCAUGGAAGUUUUAUCAGCGACUGGGCUAUUAAACCAUACCCCCUGAUUUGGUAUGGGGCGGAAGGCAAGGAAUUCAAUGAAAGACUAUGGGAAGAGACAAUGCAAGAACUAAACUUCGUUGGCGCGUCGAAGAUUAUAGAGGACAUGAAAGCACGAUGA